GGUGAUGCUUAUCCUAUAAAUGCCUAACUCACUGUUCCUCGCUACCACAACAUCACGGGUCUUCCACCAGUGUACUGCUGCCUCAUCAGCCAUGAGAGUCGUGUUGUUUUUCUUCCUGCUGGUGUCAGCCGUCGCCGCUGCAGGGUUAAACGAUGACAAACUGUAUGGGGAUGAUGGCAUUGUAGCACUUAGUGGACACACCCCAGUAGGUGGUCACGGUCCCGGGCACAGCAUUACCCCCUACCAUGGAGUUGAUCACGGUCCCGGGCACAGCAUUACCCCCUACCAUGGAGAUGAUAACGGUCCCGGGCACAGCAUUACCCCCUACCAUGGAGAUGAUCACGGUCCCGGGCACAGCAUUACCCCCUACCAUGGAGAUGAUAACGGUCCCGGGCACAGCAUUACCCCCUACCAUGGAGAUGAUCACGGUCCUGGCCACAGCAUUAAACCCUUCCAUGGAGAUGAUGACGGUCCUGGCCACAGCAUUAAACCCUUCCAUGGAGAUGAUCACGGUCCUGGCCACAGCAUUAAACCCUACCAUGGAGUUGAUCACGGUCCUGGUACAGCAUUAAACCCUUCCAUGGAGAUGAUCACGGUCCUGGCCACAGCAUUAAACCCUUCCAUGGAGAUGAUCACGGUCCUGGCCACAGAUUACCCCCUCUCCAUGGAGAUGAUCACCACGGUCCUGGCCACAGCAUUAAACCCUACCAUGGAGUUGAUCACGGUCCUGGCCACAGCAUUAAACCCUUCCAUGGAGAUGAUCACCACGGUCCUAGCCACAGCAUUAGACCCUACCAUGGAGAUGAUCACCACGGUCCUAGCCACAGCAUUAGCACCCUACCAUGGAGAUGAUCACCACGGUCCUAGCCACAGCAUUAGACCCUACCAUGGAGAUGAUCACCACGGUCCUAGCCACAGCAUUAGACCCUACCAUGGAGAUGAUCACCACGGUCCUAGCCACAGCAUUAGACCCUACCAUGGAGAUGAUCACCACGGUCCUGGCCACAGCAUUAGACCUUACCAUGGAGAUGAUCACCACGGUCCUGGCCACAGCAUUAGACCUUACCAUGGAGAUGAUCACCACGGUCCUGGCCACAGCAUUAGACCUUACCAUGGAGAUGAUCACCACGGUCCUGGCCACAGCAAAGGACACUCCCGUGGAGAUGACUUCGAACACGGUAAAACUAGAGGUUACGACAGAAAUCGUGGUCACCUCUCUGUACACCACCGAGACAGUGGUGAAGUGUUUGGUCUCAGUUUCUCGCCUCCCGGGAGCAAAUUCGGCGGCCUGAAAAACAUCAAGUCUGGCAUCCUCCGCGAGGUCUCCAAGGCGGUAAAGGGCAUUAAGCUAGGACUGGUUCACAAAAUCCUUAGUAAAGAUCUGUGAGUUGGUGGUUGGCGUCUCCAGUCAUAUCUGAAGUCACGGAGACAUCAUCUAUAGUCACGGAGACAUCACCUAUAAUCCCGGAAACAUCAUCUAUAACCUCAUCGACUUUUCAUCUCAAGAAAUACACUUCAUCAUAAAACCUCGAUAUUACGGACUCUCCUUUCUCAUUAUAGUCCGUUAAUUGGAGGUUUCACAUCUUACGGAUCUUCAUAUAACGAACUGACCUCUCUAAAAUACUCUGUUAUAUAAAGGCUUUACGAUAGGUAAAAGCUUUGUUACCUGGACAGUUCCUUGUAAUUCACGACUUUUUUAUGAUGUGUUUAUAAUAUGUGAGACAAGUUCAGUAUUAAGUGUCUAUUAAUCUUUGUUGUGUGUUUUCAUCUAUUUGCUUCAUUAGAGUAAUUGAGACACAACUAAUUUCAUUUUAUUUUGGUAUUUUUUCUCUUUUGUAAAUAUUUGUUUCAUCAUUAUGUCACCUGAUCAUAAAUUGUUAUCUUUUUUUACUCUCAAUAUUUU